GAUAAUGGCGGCAACAAGUUUGGGCUAAAGGUCCUUCCUUUCAGUCGAUCUGCGGCAAGCUCAAAUGGAAAUAGCUAUAACCCCGGCUGUAUGUCCACUCUUUCGGUCGUUAUCUUCUUCUCCGCGUGCUAUCAAGUUGCGGCGUGCUAGGGUUUACUCGAGUCCAGGCAGCUUGUGCCAGCAGGCACAAGUAAUGCAGCAAUGGAAUUUAAGAGAUAGAAAGCUUGAGGAAGCUGAGAUUUCUGCCAUUAUCGGUUCAUGUAGAUGUUACAUAAUACCAGAUUUUGCUCAGAAGGUACUCUAUGAAAUGAAAACUCAGGGCAUCCAACCUGAAGUUGCUACCUUGUCAGCUCUCUUGCUUUGUUACUUGGAGAGCGGACUUAUAGAUGAAGCUGAGGCAUUGUGGGGUGAGAUAAUGAAUAGCGCAAUUGUGCCAAGCAUCAGGGUUGUUUCAUGUUUAGUGGACACCUACGUGAGAACCAGACGGUUCGAGGAUUUUAUGCGGAUUCUAGAUGAAGCUGCCUCUAAAGAUUUAAGUUUUGCUUCUCAGCUUUAUUCUGCAGCUGUGACUUGCUUUGGGAGUGCUGGACAGUUGGAGAAGAUGGAGUCUGUUGUUAAGAACAUGGUUUCUAGAGGUUUUAAGGUAGAUUCUGUCACUGGGAAUAACUUUCUUAAGUACUAUAGCAUGUAUGGUACCCUUCUAGAGAUGGAAGCUGCUUAUGAAAGUUUGAAGAAAUCUAGAAUUCUUAUAGAGAAAGAAGCAAUUAAAGCAAUGGCUUUGGCAUACAUAAGCCACAUGAAGUUCUAUGACCUGGGUGAAUUUUUAAAGGAUGUUGGUCUUCGCAGGAGGAACACUGGGAACCUUCUCUGGAACCUGCUGUUGCUCUCUUUUGCCGCCAAUUUCAAAAUGAAAAGCCUCCAAAGAGAAUUUUUGGCCAUGAUUGAGGCUGGAUUCUCCCCUGAUAUCACGACAUUCAACAUAAGGGCACUAGCAUUUUCUAGAAUGGGCUUGUUUUGGGAUCUCCAUUUGAGUGUUGAGCAUAUGGCAUUCAAAGGUGUAGUCCCUGAUCUUGUGACAUAUGGUUGUGUUGUGGACGCUUACUUGGGUAGAAGGCUUGGGAGGAACUUAUCAUUUGUUUUAGAUAAAAUGAAUGUGGAUAAUUCUCCAGUGAUUUUGACUGAUCCAUUAGUUUUUGAGGCCUUUGGGAAAGGAGAUUUUCAUUCAAGCUCAGAGUCUCUUUUGGAGGCCAGAAGUCAAAGAAAAUGGACAUACUCUAAACUUAUUGCAAUUUAUCUGAGAAAACAAUAUAGGUCUAACCAACUAUUUUGGAAUUAUUGAAGGGUUUAAUGGUCUUUAAGGGGUUUUUGAGUGCAAGUGUCUGUGUUUCAAAAACUUCGUUAUUUGAAUUGAUGAUGCAUUUACAGGUUUCUCUUUCAACUUGGUGUUUCUCGAAGUCUUUGAUAUUAUU